AUGGAUUUUUAUUACGAACAUCAAACCCCCGUGGAGACACCAUCAGCAGGUACCCCUGCUCCCAAGGAUGAAAAGACAAACGAGGUCUUUUCAAAAUUCGAAAAUGAAUUAAGUAGUGCAUAUGAUAAAACUGCUCAAAGCAUCAAAACUAUCAUGAAUGAUGAUGAUAAAGAGGAUAUUAGUUUAAACCUGCCAAUAGAUGAAGCUACAUCUCGAAAGGCACAGGAAAUACUUACUUCUAUGGACGAAAAUCUUGCCAAAGUAGAGAAUAUGGCUACCUCCUACUGGGAUACGGUUAAGACAUCUGGAUUUUGGUCUAAUAUUACAGAGAAUUUGGGUUCUCAAUUUGAUAAGGCUGUUCAGAUAACCUCCGAAUCGUUAAGUACAGGUCACACUGAAGGAAAUUCAAGCACCGUUAACACACAAACUAUUGCUGGUAAUAGAACAGAAGCAGAAUUGAGUGAACUUUCAACUAAUAAAGAAAUUUAUCUUAAAAUUGGGAAGGAUAAAGGUGAAUAUUUAGAUAUUGACUCUAAAACCGAAGAAAUCAGUGACAUUUUGAAAUCCAAUAAAGAAUUAGAAAUCUUGAUGAACUCAUUAGUUCCUCAACAAAUUUCUUACGUUGAUUUUUGGAAUAUAUAUUUGAAUAAAAGGGACGAAAUCUUGAAAAGGGAAGAGACUAGAAAGAAUAUUCUUACCGCAAGCUCUCAAAACAAAAAAGUUGAAGAAGAGAUUAAUUGGGAUGAUGAAGACGAACAUGCUGAAAAUGACGAAAAAGUACGCGAAAAGAAUGAGAAAUCCACCAACGAAGAAGACAUAGGGAACGAAAGUAGUACUUCUACGAAAGAUGAGUCCCUAGUGAUCGUCUCGAAAAGUGAUAUCAAGGAAGAAGAGAAUAAAACUAACGAAAAAGAAGAAAAUGAUGAUGAUGAAGAACAAGAAGACGACGACGACUGGGAGUGA